UUUUGUGAAUAUGGGUCCAGGUGUAUAUAUUUUGCCAUUGCUGAGGAGCUUUACCAAUGGCAGAAAAGUGCCAUCUGUGAUGGUCUCUACCUACGACAAUAUAUAUCUCAACGACGGCAAUUGCCGUCUGUGCCGUCGUUAAGUUCGUGCCCUACUGGCAGGGCUUUCGAGACGUUUCGGCCCCAUAACCCUAGUCAUUUCGGCCCCGGUUAUUGUUUUAUUAAAUCAAAUUAUUCUGUCACUUGUGUUUUGUUAUUAAAGUAUUGCAAUUUCUUUCUCUCGUUCUCUUUCUUUCUUUCUCUCUUUUUGUUAUUAUUAAAAAAAAUGUAACUGAACAUAAUAUCUGAGUGUUAAAGAAUAAAUAAGAGUCAACCAAGCAAAACUGUAUUUAGCUUUGAUAAUCCAAAAAUAAACAAUUAUCAAACUGAUUUUCUUGUUUGUGUAAAUACAAUUUAAUAAAUUGUUUUGCGUUUGUUCUAUUUAUAUCUUCAUAUAGACCCUUCUCAUAAUAGGGGCGCUUUGCAUGUGGCUAGAACUGGAACCACUAAUAUUUGACGUCAGAAGGGGGUUUACAUGUGUACAGAAAUUGGGUACGAUCACAUAAAAAAAUUCCAAGCCUCGAUUGGGAUCUGAACCCAGUACCCACCAGACAGGAGACCGAUGACUUAACAACUGCGCCACCGAGGCCGUAUGAAGAUUGCAGUAGAAGGGUGUUGUCAUGGCGAACUGGACAAAAUAUACGAGACUGUGCAGCAUCUAGAAAAGGAGAAUUCCAUCAAAGUUGACCUGUUGCUGAUCUGCGGCGACUUUCAGGCAGUGCGCAAUAGAGAUGACAUGCAGUGUAUGGCCGUUCCUCAGAAAUACCAGAAACUUAACACUUUUUAUAAAUACUAUUCAGGGGAGAAAACUGCUCCAGUGUUAACUGUAUUUAUUGGUGGGAAUCAUGAAGCAUCCAACUAUAUGCAGGAAUUACCGUAUGGAGGCUGGGUGGCACCAAAUAUUUACUACAUGGGAUAUGCCAGUGUGGUCAAGAUUGGAGGUCUUCGGAUAGCUGGACUUUCAGGCAUCUACAAAGGUCGUGAUUUCCAUAAAGGUCACUUUGAACACCUGCCAUACAAUGACAACACGAAGAGGUCGGUGUACCAUGUCCGUAGUUUGGAGGUGUUCAGAUUUAAACAGAUCUCUCGACCGAUUGACAUCUUUCUGUCUCACGACUGGCCGCGAGGAAUUUACGACUACGGGAAUACCAACAAGCUGAUUCAGACAAAGACCUUUCUGAGAAGUGAAAUUGAACGCGGAGUUCUUGGCAGUUUACCAGCGGAGGAACUUCUGCAUCACCUGAAACCCAGUCACUGGUUCUCUGCUCAUCUUCACGUCAAGUUUGCAGCCAUCGUCCAACACCAGCCAGAAGACAAUGUUACCAAGACAACAAAAUUCCUGUCUUUGGACAAGUGCUUACCAAAGAGAAAGUUUUUGCAGAUCAUUGACAUACCUCAUGAUAGCAAUCAGCCAAUGAAAUUGCAACUGGACCCCGAGUGGUUGUGUAUCCUCAAAUCAACCAAUCAUCUCCUAAACCUUGGACCCAUUCAGCGCUAUAUGCCAGGACCAGGAAGUUCAGACAGGUGGGACUUCAAAGUUACAGAUAAGGAAUAUGAAUCUAUAUCUAAGGAUUUUGCUGGAGACUUGACAGUCCCGGACAACUUUGCCAAGACUGCUCCAGCUCAUGACAACUCUACAGGCAAAAACACAUCGGGUCCGUCACUCUACGUCAACCCUCAGACCGAGUUGAUCUGCGCCAUGUUGGAUAUCACCGAUCCCAACGCUGUACUGCUGGGUAAAGACAGUCGGUACUCAUCGCAAGAUAUCGCCGACGGUAAUGCAAAUACAGGUGAUGCUGAUCAGGAUGAUGAUGAAGACGAUGAUGAUGAUGAGGAUGAUGUUUGCAGCGACAUCAACAGCAGUGUUGAUACAUCAUUCUCGGAUUCCUUCUCUACCGCUCCUGAUAUUUCUCUCAAUGACUCCAGUCUGUUGUUGUCGAAUGACACUGGUCUCUCGUCGUUAAAUAGUACUGGGUUGACAGAUCUAUCCAUAUAUCAGGAGCAGAAUUCAGAGAGUCGGGUAUCAAAGGGACUCAAUGUCUCCAAUUCCUCUUCAGAUGUUGCUAUGGAAAAUGGUGGAAAUGAUGAUGAUGAACUUGAAAGUAUUUUGGCCGCCCAGAAAAAACAUAGACUGAGUGUUGAUAAAGUCACAUCAGUUCCCUCUCCAGGAAACACUUCUUCAGGUAGCAGUCCAGGUAACUACGGCAACAGUCCAUCUCUGAAGUCUUUGGAAAGUUCAAUAUCUCAGUUCGAGCUGCAGAAGAAUGACGAUAUUGAGAGUGAAAAUUCUUCAGUAGAGGAAGAUAAAAAUACUCCACAAAUGGUGUUAUCUCCCCUUGUGUGUUCUUCAACAGGGGAGAAAGUGAUUUCAGCUGACAAUUCUCCUCGCAUUCAUUCCUCAGCGCUGGAGAAAGACACUGCAGCACGCACAGAGUUGUGUGCUCCUGUUUCCUCUUCCCUGGAGGAGACAGAUAUUUUAGCUCAGAGUGUGUUGUCUCCCCCUGUUGACACUUCAAGUCGUGUGUCGAGUGAGGAGGAAGGAACCCCUAAAUCUAUCAGUUCAAAACGCCCAGACAGCUUUGGUGAUGUAGAAAUUAGUCCACAGUCGAAGAAACUCAAGAGAAGAAACCAGAAUGUGUAUUCCAGUUCAGAAGGAGAUGGAGAAUUUUAAUAUGACAUUUUAAAUAGAAUUCAUCAUGUAUUUUCAGUUCACCGGGUUAUAUAUAUGUAAUGUAACUGUUAAUAAAGAAUAAAAUUUGAAACACA